AGCUUUUGAACUUAUAAAUGAAAACAUAACCGCCGAAACAGAAUAUGGACUGAAGUGUAAGGACCUGCUUUACCAAGGUCAAGAUGUGCCAGAAGAGUUGGUGAUAAAGAUGCUUAUGAUCAAGCUGGAAUCACCAGAGAUUAAUCACUUUGGUUAUGUUCUCUCUGAUUUCCCUUCUCUUUCUGAGGAUUUCAUGUCUAUACCAGAACAAAUAGAUGUGAUUAAAAAUUUAAAAUUAAAACCAGAUUUUCUGAUUAAUAUUAAGUGUCCUAACAAUGACUUGUGCCAAAGAAUCACUGGUCAAAGACAGCAGCCUGACACAGGACAUGUAUUUAAAAGAGAUGAAUGGGAUCCUGAUAUUAUUGAAAAGCGUAAGAAAAAGAAGAAAGAACCACGUAAAGGUGAUGAAGAGGAGGAAGCAGAAGAGGAAGAAGACGAAGAGGAGUCAAAUGAGGUAGCUUUCCCAUAUUUUCUAAAAAGCCAAUUAUUUGUUUCAAAUAAAAGAUCAUUCAUAAAGAUCAUUCACAAAGACAUUGUUUAAUAUUUGUUAAACAAUGUAACAUUCUUCUUUAAUAAAGUUUGUCAAAUUAAGUUGUACAACACUUAUACAUAAUAUCCUAAUUCUACAUGCUGCAUUUUUGAAAACAAAUCCAUUGCCAUUUGUACAUGUUAAAGCUAUGUCUUUAAUUAACAGCAUUACUAACCCUUUAUAUUUAUCAAUUUAGAUUUGAACUUUGUAGUCUUACUUUGAAGACCCAGACCUAAUGCAUUUGGCUGGGCUGCUGAAGC